UGGGCGAGGCAACGAAGGAAAAAAAAGCGAAGAAAGAGGAGGAGGAGCAGCAGCAAAGAAGUAGUAAAAGCCGGAGGAGGAGGACGAAGAGGAGGAGUGGGAGUGGAAGCUGGUUGCACCGACACGCGCGAGCCUUCGCCAGCCAAGGGAAAGAAAGCUGUGCCCCGAGGCUGAACUUCCCCAGGGAGGAGCGGCAAAGCGAGUCCCGCGUGGGAUCCGUGGAGCGUCCGCAUGUCCCCGCCGCGGGAUCGCCGCGGUUUAGGACGCCUACGGGACCCUGCGCCCCCGUCGCGCGUGGGAAGGAGAUGCCGAGCUCUUCGCUCCUCUUCUUCUCCACCUGCUGCUGGUGGAUUUGUGGGCUGGUGAAUAGCAUUCACCCAGAAUGCAGAUUUUUUUUGGAACUCGAAAAAGACGAAAUAAGGUGCAUGGAGCUCUUAAGGAAUGCCAAAACAGUGGGAUUUAAAGGAUGUCAUGGCAUCUGGGAUAACCUUACUUGCUGGCACCCUGCAGAAAUCGGAGAAACGGUGACGGUCCCUUGUCCAAAAAUCUUUAGCAAUGAUGACGGCAAGACAGGAAACAUCAGCAAAAAUUGUACCAAAAACGGUUGGUCAGACAUAUUUCCAAAUUUCUACAUCGCUUGUGAAUUCAAAGAUAUAGAUGACACCACGAUUUUCUAUGUUCUGGUAAAAGCAAUAUACACCUUUGGAUAUAGUGUAUCUCUAGUUGCUCUGACUACGGGAAGCAUCAUUCUUUGCCUUUUUAGGAAACUUCACUGCACACGGAACUACAUACAUUUGAAUUUGUUCCUGUCUUUCAUCCUUAAAGCAGUGUCUAUCUUCAUUAAGGAUGAUAUCCUCUAUUCCAAUUCUGAUACAAUUAAGUGCUCAGAGGAUCACCCAACUUGGGUCGGCUGCAAGGCUAGCUUGGUAUUUUUCCAGUACUGCGUAAUGGCCAACUUUUAUUGGCUCUUAGUUGAAGGAAUUUUUCUCCACAUCCUCCUCUUGGUAAUAGUUUCUCACAACAGACACUUCACCAUAUAUCUCCUUAUUGGAUGGGGAAUCCCUACAGUUUUCACCAUCAUGUGGAUAGUUUCUAGGAUCUAUAUAGAAGAUACUGGUUGCUGGGAUACAAAUGAGUCCAACGGUCCUUGGUGGAUCAUAAGGCUACCAAUUCUAAUUUCCAUUUUGGUGAAUUUUAUGCUUUUCAUUAGCAUCAUAAGAAUAUUAUUACAAAAACUGAGAUCACCAGAUAUUGGAGGCAAUGACCAAUGCCAAUACAAGAGACUUACAAAGUCAACACUAUUGCUCAUUCCACUCUUUGGAGUUCACUACACGGUGUGUGCAGUCUUUCCUGUUGGCAGUCGAUACCAGAUUGUUUUUGAAUUAUGUGUGGGAUCAUUUCAGGGCCUGGUUGUUGCAGUCCUGUAUUGCUUUCUGAACAGUGAAGUACAAGGCGAAGUGAAGAGAAAAUGGCGGAGCUGGUGCUUGAACCAAAGAAUGGGCCGAGAUUACAGACUUCAUAGCUCUUCGAUUUCCCGAAACGGAUCAGAAAGCAUCUCUCACUUGCAUCGCAGUUCAGCAACACAGUUUUCUCUCCAGACAGAAACCUCAGUGAUAUAAGCCAUUUGGCGGCCUAGGAAAAAAAAAAAAAGACAAUGGAGCAUAUCACUGGAGCCCAGUCAACGCGAUGUUUUCUAACUUGGCAGAAUUUUGUACCUUGUUCUAUUGGCUUGUCAGGAUUGGGCAGUGGCCUAACACAGCGUAAGGUAUCCUUUGAGCUUAACCCUAGAACUUGAUUUCAAGGCAAGGAUUCAUCUUUGGAACAUAAGAAAGAUCACCCAUUGAUGCCAUUUGGAUGGAUGAUCUGGCAUCUAGGCAAGCUGAUGUCUGUCAAAUUCAGCAUGAAAACAGUUGGGAUUUACUGGAUGAAGAACGUGAGAAGAGACCCAGAAGAUUAGACCAUAUCUAGUUGUGUUUCCUUCCUACAGAAGCAAACUAUGGGAAUCUGUGUAGUUCUCUUAAAUUUGUCUAAAUUGGUCAUGGGCAAACUUUGGCCCUCCAGGUGUUGACCCUACCGGCUGUUAGGAAUUGUGGGAGUUGAAGUCCAAAACACCUGGAGGGCCAAAGUUUGUCCAUGCCUGGUCUAAAUCCAUGUAAAGCUACUUCUUCUGUUGGCCAUGACCACCGAAGUACAAGCUAUUACAUUAUGAGUGAAGAAGAAAUUAUUUGUCUAGAAUUGUUAAUGUUUUCAUUGGAUAACCUCAUUCGGGCCAUAAGGGUCUGAAUGCUCAUUAAUGGACGGUCACUCUGAAUGUAAAGAGCUUGGGAUUGCACAAAAGCAGAACAACGUGCAGUCAGUAGUGCACAACGUUGUGCAGUAAAAGAACAAUAGAGUUUUUGUGACCUCAUCUCUCCAUUGGUGGUAACAACUCUUGACUUCCUGCUGCAGUUUUCAAAAGAGGGACAAAUGCCAUUGGCACCCAUUGAAGAUUUCAUCACCUUUUUAACCCGUGGGAUGGGUUUAGUAAAUUUAGAGGACUGAAGAAAAUAACCUCUCCCACACAUAUGAAUAGUCCAGAUCUGGAUCUGAACAGCAUGCUCUUCCUUUGGAGUAAAAACACAGAAUAUACACUGCAAAUUUGCUUUGACUUUGAGCAACAACAGAACCAGUUAGGAUCAAUUUCUUGACAAACCACUGCAACUGCUUGCAGAAGCAAAAUGGUUAUGUUAGUUGGAAGUUCCUAGCUUUGGUAUAUCUGGGAUUUUGGAUCCGGCUUCCUCUUUUGCUACAUUGGAAAGCCAUGGUGAGAUACCAUGACAUUUCCUAUUAAAAACAAAUCAUAGUGUCAGCCAGUGAAGGAGGAGCAAAAGUGGCGCAAUGGGUUAAACACUUGUGCCGGCUGAACUGCUGACCUGAAGGUUGGGUUGCUGACCUAAAGGUUGCCGGUUCAAAUCCUCGAGACGGGGGUAAGCUCCUGUCUGUUAGCUCUAGCUUGUGGGGACACGAUAGAAGCCUCCCAGCUAUCACAUCCAGGCAUCCCCUGGGCAAUGUCUCUGUAGACGGCCAAGUCUCUCACACCAGAAACGACUUGCAGUAUGUUCUCAAGUCACUUCUGAUACAAUAAAAAAGGGUCAACCUGCAGUAUAGCAUUUCUGACACCCUUUCUUUUUAAUUAUUUCAUUUCCCCCUUUCAAACUCCAUCAGUUUGCAACAUUUAAAGUAAAUGGAUAGAAGAGAGAUGAAUGGAUGUGUUACGACACAUCAAGCGCAAACAGCUCUUCCCAGAGCAUUAAUUCGGAGAGGUGUUGUGUGUGUGGCGUGCGUAAUCCACAUCAGUCAUUCUCAAGCUUGUGACAAAGAAUUACUUUCAUGUAAUUUUUUCUUCUCAAAAAUGUUCUUAAUUUUUCAUAACGAUCUGUUUGCCACUGAAUGUUUAGUACAAGUAAUUAUAAAUAUUGCUCAAACUCAAUGGGCUGUGUAAAUACUUUUACCAUAAUACCACUUUAUAUCUGUAUGCUACAGUCUAAAUGUUCGGACCUAAGAAGGCCAAAAGAGAAGAGGAAAAAGCCUGACAUGAUCUCUUCUUAAUUACCAUAAAAGGCAUAAACCGAAAGGGACUUUUUAAUUUUAACCUCCUGUCCUUACCAAGCCAUUGCAAAGGGAAAGACAUGAAACUGACGGGUUCUUAUAAAUAUCAGCAUGCCAUGCCUACAAUCUUAAAAGAAGGGAGCAUGCCUGUGUUUACUUCUGUUGUCGCCUAUGACCAGCUCUCUCUAAAUAAUAAAUGAGGAUGUUGCUCUUUUCCACAAGAGCCUUUUUUAAACCUCAUAAACUGAAGUGUUAGAACGCUAUAGGCAGCAAACAGCAUGGAGCCUUUUUAAAAAGUAUUCACAUUUCAGUCCAGCUAGGGAACAGAUUCAAGAUCUCAUCUUUCAAAUUGAGGAGACUCGCAUAAUAUUGUAUUUAGACAUUUCCCCAGGUAUCUUAGCAAAAUAGUCACAUUUCAUGUGCCUAUUUUCACCACUCAAAACAUUAGCACCCAAGUGUGACAUAUCUUUUAAGGGAAGAAGUUCGAUUUAAGAAAUACACGGAACUGGUAGAAUGGAUGUGAGUAAAGCUUCCAUGCACACUUGGGACCCUUCCACACUGCACAGUUAAAGCACUAUGAUUUGACCUUUAAUUUGCAUAGUAACAUCCUGUAGAACUUAGCACUGGCACUCUAUCUGACUCAUUUGUCUCAGAUUUUGUGGAGGCUACUGUUUUGGAGAGUGUGGAGCCAAAGUUAUUUCCAGUUCUCACUGAAAAUCCUACAAAAGGAGAGGGCUAAUUGUAAUCCAGUUUAUCUCAGUGAGACCCAAAUCGCAUUGAUUUAGCCUGGAUCCAUCCAACAACAACAACAACAACAAUAAUAAUAAUAAUAAUAAUAACAAUAAUAAGCCACCCUGGGAUCUGCACGCAUCAUCCAAAAAUACAUCACACAGUCCUAGACACUUGGGAAGUGUUCGACUUGUGAUUUUGUGAUACAAAAUCCAGCAUAUCUAUCUUGUUUGCUGUGUCAUAAAAUAUAACAACAACAACAACACUUUAUUUAUAUUCCACCCUUCUCCCCAAGGGGACUCAGAGCGGAUUACAGUAUAUAAACAAACACAGGCAAAUAUUCAAUGCUUUGUUACAAUGAAACACAUUUAUAGACAAAGGCAAAGGCUUCUCCAUGCCUCACAGCCUCUGAGGAUGCCUGCCAUAGAUGUGGGUGAAACGUCAGGAGAGAAUACUUCUGCAACAUGGCCACACAGCCCAAAAGACAUACAACAACCUUGCUUCUUUCAUUUCCGGCUCUAGAGGCGGUGCUCAUCUCUGGCUUUGUGGGAAAUGCUCUUCUCCAUUUCCAAGCUGAGGAUCUUGCGUUGUCAUCUCCUGGUCGUGUGGCCUGCAUUAUUGCUUGGAGUGUCUUUUUGCCUUUUCCCUAUUUAUCUACUCACAUUUGCAUGUUUUCAAACUGCUAGGUUGGCAGAAGCUAGGGCUAACAGCAGGAGCUCACCGUAUCCUGCAGAUUCAAACUGGCAACCUUCAGGUCAGCAGUUCAGCAGCACAAGGGUUUAGCACGGAUUCCAGUGAAAUCAAUGAACAACGUAACACCUUUGUGUCACUUGGCUAUAUUGUUACACUACGCUGAGUAAUUCCAUACUUUCCAAUUGUUGUGUUUGGCAAGGAAAGAUCCAAUUAAUCCUGUUUUCCCAGUUUUAACCUUCUUUUAAAAUAGCCCAAUUUCCAUCUCUUCCUCCGGUUGUCUCCCCUUUUCUUCAGUUUUCUUUAGUUGCUUCAAACUUAGUUGAAAUUCCAAAAUAGUUUGCAAUCAAUUAACUCUAGUAGAGAGAGAGGGAAGAAGGAGAGAAAGGGCAGCAGGGUUUUGCCCUUCCCAAAAGACCCAGACAAAAGCAAAUGUCUGUAGCCUCUCCUAUCUUGUUUGUCCUUAGUAAUAACCUUUGCCUUCUUGACCACACUUUGAUGUUGCUCAACCAGUUUCCCCAAUUUUCACUAGUGAAAUGUGGAGCAGUGGGUUAAACCCUUGUGCUGGCAAGACUGCUGACUUGAAGGUUGGGUUGCUGACCUGAAGGUUGCCAGUUCGAAUGUGAGGAGAGCACGGAUAAGUUCCUUCUGUCAGCUCCAGCUCUCCAUGUGGGGACAUGAGAGGAGCCUUCCACAGGGAUGAUAAAACAUCAAAACAUUGGAGCAUCCCCUGAGCAAUAUCCUUGCAGACCGCCAAUUCUCUCACACCAGAAGCAACUUGCAGUUUCUCAAGGUGCUCCUCACACACACACACACACACACAAACAGUGAAAUGUAAGAGGGCAUGGAAAUCCAGUCUUAUUAGCUCAGUCAAUUGAAUCUGAGUUAUUAGCAACAGGGGAAAAAACACACACAAAAACAGUGUUUGCAUUCAGAUGUUGAAUUACAAUUCCAAGCUUGCAAUAUGCAAUAAAUAAUAAGUUUAUUUUGUAUAAAUGUGACCAUUUUACUGCCACUUAAUAAUUACAUGACAGUCUCCAGCUGGGGAUUGAACUGGAUUUUGAAUUGGAUGUUUCGUUGUGUGAUUGUUUUGGGCUGCUUUAUUCCUCAGAAUAUUCUAAUUUAUUUGCCAGUGUGGGUUAGUCCCAAUCAUGUCUAAAUGCCCAAUGCUUUUAAACGAUGGGAGAGAAUUCAGCUUAGAGGAGGGAAUUUCUGCAGGUGUUGCUUAUCACACAACCAAGGAAUAGGCAGCACCUGCUGAAAUCUCCCUUUCUGCACAACCAUGAAAAGUAUUGGCACUGUCUUCAUUUCCCCCCCUUUGACAGCCCAAGAUGGAAAAGGUUGAUAGAACUGAAAGAAAGGAAUUACAUUAAAGAAGAGACUCGCGCUCAUAAAACAGAGUGGCGCAUAUGCUAGUAGAAUAUUAACCAGCAGCUACAAAAUUAGUUCCCCCCCCCCCUCCAUUGUGACGGAAUACGCAUUUCCCGAAAAUGUACGGAGAGUCAUAGGAAGGAGGGAACAAGCUUGUUUUCUGCUGCCCUGGAGACUAGGAUGUGGGACAAUAGCUUCAAACUACCGGAAAGGAGAUUCCACUUGAACAUUAGGAAGAACUUCUUAAGUGUGAGAGUUGUUCAGCAGUGGAACUCUCUGCCCUGGAGUGUGGUGUUGGCUCAUUAUUUGGAAGCUUUUAAACAGAGCCUGAAUGGCCAUCUGUCGGGGGUGCUUUGAAUGCAAUUUUCCUGCUUCUUAGCAGGGGGUUGGACUGGAUGGCCUGUGAGGUCUCUUCCAACUCUAGGAUUCUAUGAUCAAAUGUGCCAAUGAAGCAACAGCCCAGGCAGGAGGUUAAUGAUUUCUUAAUUGAGGAUAUUCUUCAGUAACUUUAAAAUAUAUGAAUGUAAGGAUUAUUAAAAGGGACAGAAUACAUCUCUCUAGGCAUGGUUUUACUUCUCAGCACGCCAUCCUUUGCUAUCUAAGGCUGAUGAGAGUUGCAGCCAAACCACACUUGAGGAAUAAGUUCUCAACUCCUGGUUUUGGGUUUCAAGCAGCACAUACAGGGUCAGAUUUAUCCAAGCUUGUCUUGCAAAUGCUCCUUUGGAUGGACUAUAAUUUUUUCAACCAUUAUAUUCACACUGGCCAUGAGGGUUAAACCGCUGAACUGCUAAACUUGCCAACCUAGCAGUUCAAAAACAUGCCAAUGUGAGUAGAUCAAUAGGUACUGCUCCGGCUGGAAGGUAACGGCGUUCCAUGCAGUCAUGCCAGCCACAGACUUUGGAGGUGUCUACUGACAACGCCGGCUCUUCGCCUUCCAAAUGCAAAUGCACACCAACCCCCAGAGUCGGACACGACUAGACUUAAUGUCAAGGGGAAGCCUUUACCUUAUAUCAAAAAAAAUCAAACUUUUCAGGUUCAAGUUUUUAUCAAGCCAAUCUCUUUCUAACCUUUGACACAGCUGAGCAACCAGACUAUUAUAAUGAAGUACUACCAAAUCUAUAUGUCACUGACUUAGAGGAUACCACUGACAUUGUAUGCCACUUUGCCAAUUUGUACAAAAGCUUAUUCUUUAGAAUUAGCAUUAUUGUAAAUGCCUCAGUGCUUUUAAAAAGUAGCAAGGACAAUAAUGAUUAAUUCAGAAAGGCUUUAUCUUUGUAUGUUAUGUACUCAAUUUAAUAUUGCCUGCCAGGUUUUCAACCACGCUGUCUCAGAAGGAAAUGUCAUUAUGAUUAUUUGUUUGAUUUUCUGUCAUUUCUUUUUUCUCCCCAUUAACAUGUCAAAUUCAGUAAAUCAUGAUGGAAGUGAAAGAGACUUUUUUUCUUCCUUCCUUCCUUCCUUUUUUUUUUUAAACAAAAUGUACAUUUUAAGGACGUAAAAAUAAACCAGUGUAACCAGACUGGCUUUUCAUAUUUGUAAGACGACAUUUGUACCUCUGGUUUCUGGUCUUUAAGCUAUAAAAUGUUUUACAAAAUA